AUGUCACGCAAUUCACGAUCGGGCUGGUUCGAUGAUAGAUUACAAAAUGUUGUGAAGCAUCAGCUGGAUGUAUCCAGACAUGUCAAACAAUUGGACACACAGGUCAUGGCAAAUGAGAAAUUGUUCUCGGAGCAAAACGUGGCCAUGAAUGUACUGCAACGUCGAAUUGUCUAUGUCGAACGACAAUUAAUGGCUUUCUCGAAGCAAGGCACUAGUCACUUCCUCGAUCAAAAAACCAUGGAGCAUCAGAUCCGGCAAUUAUACAAAAUUGUCGCCUUUAUGAUUGUCACUUUGGUUGUUGUUAUCACAUUUGGUGUGUCACGUUUAUUGUUAUAA